AUGAAAGGGGCCAUAGCUUCCUUUCCAACUUGGGCUCCUGCAGAGAAAGGUGGCGAGGAGAAAGGCCAUUCUGCCAUCGACGAGGUAGUGACCAGAGAGCACACCAGCACCAUGCACAAGCGCAUCUGUGGAGUGGGUUUCAAGAAGCGUGUCCCUCGGGCCCUCAAAGAGAUCUGGAAAUUUGCCAUGAAGGAGAUGGCCAUUCCAGAUGUGCACACUGACACCAGGUUUAUCAAAGCUGUCUGGGCCAGAGAUGAGGGCUGUCCCAGACCGUUUCUGGUGUGGUUGUCCACACGAAGUGAAGAGGAUGAAGAUUCACCAAACAAGCUCUAUCCAUUCGUUACUGAUGUCCCUGCCUCCACCUUCAAAAAUCUACACACCCCGACCCUGGGCUCUUUAAAGGCACCCUCUGUGCAAAGGAGAACUCUUGUCCAGCGGCAUCUCCCUAUUUCUGAUGAUGCUGAAAUUCUGGAAGGUUAUUCUGACUUUACGUUGUCACCUUAG